AUGCCCUCGCCCGCGCUUUCCGCUUCCGCUCUACCACCCUCCCCUCGCCAGCCCAACCGCCAGUGGCACCCCUUCUCCCCUUCUCCCCUCCCUCCCCCUCUUCCCCCUUCCUUCCUCUCCUCCUCCCCCCCCCUCCCUCCCCCCUCCGCCCCUUCUCCCCCUCUCCCCCAUCCCCCCUUCUCCCUCGCCUCUCCCCUUCCAGCCCACCCAUCUGUGUCUGCUCUCCCUUCUCCCGUUAUGCCCUCACUCUCCCAUUCUCGCCACGCCCUCACUCUCUCGUGCUCGCCACUCCCUCACUCUCCCAUGCUCGCCACUCCCUCACUCUCCCGUGCUCACCACUCCCUCACUCUCCCAUGCUCGCCACGCCCUCACUCUCCUGUGCUCGCCACUCCCUCACUCUCCCCUGCUCGCCACUCCCUCACUCUCCCGUGCUCGCCACGCCCUCACUUUCCCGUGCUUGCCAGACUGCCCUAUGUGCGCGCGCAGGAGGAGCGGGAUGAGGACGUGGGCCGCCUGGGCGGUGCCCUCUCCCUCCCUUCCACAACCCCUUUCUCCCUCCCUUCUUCCCCCAUUAUCACUUUCCACUCCCCUCACUCACAACCCUUCCUGCUUCCAGCAUACCCACCUACUCCAUUUCCCUACCCCUCCCCCCUUUCUCCUCCCCUCUCUCCUUCCUAUCUCCGUGUUUCUCAAUCAUCGAGUGUUGAGGCGUUGUCAAACACGCGCCCCCUGCCCUCUAUUAUCCCCCGCUCUUCUCCUGCCUUUCUCCCUAUUCUCGUUCCUCCCUGCUACACUCCCCUUCCUUCCUUUUCCCCCACCACUCCUCUGUUCCAUGCUUCCCCUCCCUCUCCACCCACCAGUCCCAUCCAUGCAGGGGCUUUCAGCCUCACCUACGUUGGUUGGAGUCACAUCCGCCCCUGCCCCCUAGCCGUCAACCCCUCCUGUGUCUGCACCCCCCUCGUACCCCCGCCUACUGUCCGCCAUGCUGCUUCACCGGUGUCCCCUCCCUCUCUGCCCCCCACCUCACUCGCAACUGCCCCUGCCCCCUGGCAUGAACCCCGAUCGACUGUGUCUCCAUUCCUCAUCAUCCUCUCCUGCUGUCUGUCCCGUGCUUCCCCCAUGCUCCUCCCACCAUACCCCUCUCCGCCCCCUUCACUCGCAUCCGCCCCUGCCCCCUAG